CACUCACUGGUCUCCCCACACAGUAACUCCACCGCUCCAGUGCUGCUGCCUGAAGCUGUGAGUUAGCAUUAGCUUAGCAUUAACGCCUCGCUAUCAAACAGAUGCUGUAGAGUUCAGGGAGUCUUCUCAAACAUCUGCCGGAGACAUGAACCUCUGUAAGGUGCAGAUCUGGUGGGUGUGGAUCCUUGGUGUAUUCGCCGGUCCAGCACUGUGCUCAGAGGAUGAGACUCGCCUGGUCAAAGAUCUUUUCACCGGCUACAACAAGGUGGUGCGACCCGUCGAUCACUUCAGUGAAGCCGUGGUCGUCACCGUGGGACUGCAGCUCAUCCAGCUCAUCAGUGUGGAUGAAGUGAACCAGAUUGUGACCAGCAACGUUCGUCUCAAACAGCAAUGGUUAGAUGUGAACCUGAAGUGGAAUCCUGCAGAUUACGGAGGCAUCAGGAAGAUCAGAGUCCCUUCCACUGACAUAUGGAAACCUGACCUGGUGCUAUACAACAAUGCUGAUGGAGACUUUGCCAUCAUCCAUCUAACCAAAGUCCUGCUGGAGCACACAGGGAUGAUCAUCUGGAAUCCUCCGGCCAUCUUUAAGAGUUACUGUGAGAUCAUCGUCCUGCACUUCCCCUUCGACCUGCAGAACUGCAGCAUGAAGCUGGGAACCUGGACCUACGACGGGCUGCUGGUCGUCAUCAACCAAGACAGCGACCGUCCGGACCUCAGUAACUUCAUGGAGUCUGGUGAGUGGGUUCUGAAGGACUACAGAAGCUGGAAGCACUGGGUUUACUACACCUGCUGCCCCGACACUCCGUACCUGGACAUCACCUACCACUUCCUGAUGCUGCGGCUGCCGCUCUACUUCAUCGUCAACGUCAUCAUCCCCUGCAUGCUGUUCUCCUUCCUCACCGGGCUCGUCUUCUACCUGCCCACUGACUCUGGUGAGAAGAUGACGCUCUCCAUCUCCGUCCUGCUGUCCCUCACUGUCUUCCUGCUGGUCAUCGUGGAGCUCAUCCCCUCCACCUCCAGCGCCGUCCCUCUCAUAGGGAAGUACAUGCUGUUCACCAUGGUGUUCGUCAUCGCCUCCAUCAUCAUCACCGUCAUCGUCAUCAACACACACCACCGCUCGCCCAGCACACACACCAUGCCCAACUGGAUACGCAAGGUGUUCAUUGAAACCAUUCCCAACAUGAUGUUCUUCUCCACGAUGAAGCGUCCAGGGCAGGAGAUUCGGCAAAAGAGGUUUUUCCCAACGGACAUGGACAUCUCCGACAUCUCAGGAAACCUCGGCCCCACCACUGUCACCUAUCAGUCCCCCAUCAUGAAAAACCCAGACGUCCGCAGCGCCCUCGAAGGGGUGAAGUACAUCGCAGAGACCAUGAAAUCAGACGAGGAGUCUAACAACGCUGCAGAGGAGUGGAAGUUUGUGGCCAUGGUCUUGGAUCACAUCCUGCUGUGUGUGUUCAUGGCGGUGUGUAUCAUCGGGACGCUCGCCGUGUUUGCCGGCAGACUCAUCGAGCUCAACACGCUGUAGAGACCCGACACACACCUGUGAGGACUGUGUUUUCACUCUGAGAUGCAUCAGAAAAAAAGUGUUUCUUUUUCUGUCCAGGUUGUUUAAAGUUGCAUUUUAAACGCACAAGUAUCUUGAUCUACAUACUUGAAGUUAUUUGAUUUAUUUUGUACAGAGUUUUAUUGCCAAGUGAUUACGUUUUUCUAGCAUGACAAGAACUCCCUCGACAAAAAGGGACGCUGAAUUUUGGACUACUACAGAAAAAAAGACACACGUUUAUAUUUGGUUUUUGAAGUAGAAAGCUAACGUUAGGCUAUAAAGGAACUACAGCACGGUCACAUGACUUCACCUCACCACUGCUAAGCUAAAGGCGGCUAAUGUUGGGUUAUAAAGGAACUACAGCACGGUCACAUGACUUCACGUCACCACCGCUAAGCUAAAGGAGGCUAAUGUUGGGUGUGAUGGCGUUUAGUGUGGUAUUUAAUGCUGACUCAUUUCUGGGUUUUAGGACUCAUUCCUUCCCAGCUGUAUUACUCCUUUGUUAACACCAUUACAGUAAUGAUUACUUUUAUUUCUAAUUUGGCAGCUUCAUUACGGUUGGGUCAAUCAUGAGUAUGUCCACUGCCGAGGACUAAUUAAGAAUAGCAAAUGAAUUACUUUUCUAGAAAUAUUUUGGCAGAAUGGAAGAUUAACUGUUAGGUCACGGGAAGGACUUAUUCUAGACUGAACGUCUCUGGAAAGGAUGUGUUGAAUUGUAUUUAAUUCACAUUUUAGUACCAGAAAGAUGACCUAUUGUGUGUUUUUUAGUGCAGGCAAUAUGUAUUUCUCCUGAGAAGUUUUAUUGUUUUGUUUUGCCUGAUACUUCUAAACUUCUCAUGUAUUUUUAUGGUUGUGAAAUAUGUAAAUAUUCAUGGUUUAGUGUCAGGGGUUUUGCUUUGUCACUGACAUGUAAAUUCCUCUUGAAUCUGUUGUACAGUUUGUGAAGGGCACAUUCAUUUUGAGUAUUAUUUUUACGAUAAGUGAUUUUCAACCCUGAGUGAAAGGACUGGGAUUGAAAAGACAUUGUGAGAACUAAAACAACAGACCUGACGUAGAGUUCAUUUAGAGCCAGCAGAGGCAUGGCGUCUUGGGGAGAUCAUUUGGGAACAUGGGCUUUAGGCUGAUAUGAAUUAUGUGUGCAGCUUUAAUGAAAGUUAGUUGAGCAAUAUGAAAGCUGCAGUGUUGCCAUGAACCAUUUUCAGGCAACUUGAUUUAUUUCGCGGCUGAUUCCUUACGAGAAAAGACCAGUUAUUUUUAUCAAUACAAUAAAGGUUGGCGGUCGUGUUGCACUAAUCAUUUAUUUUUUAAUAUUUACAGUUGUGUAGAUGUAACAGAGUGGAAAAUAAAAGAGGUUUCUUCAUCGUUAUAAUCA